AGGAAAUGUCCUUUUAAAGCCAGAGCAUUAGCAAAUGUAGGAAUUCUUCUGGUCUGACUGAGUGUUUCCGGUUGGGUGUGAGCUGGGUUUUGGUGUUGGGAGGAUUCUCCUGGAGUUAUAGAAAAUGUCGAAAUCGCUAAAGAAAAUAGUAGAAGAAUGCAAGGAAAAGAAUCAGGCAGAAUUGGAUCUGUGUGACAGGGGAAUCUCCAGUAUGCUGGAUAUCCCUGGACUCUUCACUCUUUCCAACGUCACCCAGCUGGUGCUGAGUCACAACAAGUUAACAAGUGUUCCAGCAAAUAUAGCUGACCUGAGGAACCUGGAAGUGCUGAAUGUUUUCAAUAAUCAGAUUGAAGACCUUCCAACACAAAUCAGCAGCCUGCAGAAACUGAAGCAUCUGAACCUUGGCAUGAACAGGUUAAACACUCUGCCACGAGGAUUUGGGUCUCUGCCAGCACUGGAAGUGCUUGAUUUGACAUACAACAAUUUGAAUGAAAAUUCUCUCCCUGGCAACUUCUUCUACCUCACCACCUUGCGUGCACUCUAUCUAAGUGACAACGAUUUUGAAAUCCUGCCGCCAGAAAUUGCGAAACUCACAAAGCUGCAGAUAAUCAGCCUAAGGGACAAUGACCUCAUAUCACUGCCAAAGGAGGUUGGGGAUUUGUCUCAGUUGAAGGAGCUCCAUAUUCAAGGAAAUCGACUAACCGUGCUUCCCCCUGAAAUGGGUAAUUUAGAUCUUACUGGUCCAAAACAAGUCUUCAAAGCAGAAAAUAAUCCUUGGGUUACACCAAUUGCUGACCAAUUUCAACUAGGUGUAUCCCAUGUCUUUGAAUAUAUUCGUUCUGAAACCUACAAAUACCUUUAUGGCAGACACAUGCAAGCGAACCCCGAACCUCCAAAGAAAAGCAAUGACAAGUCUAAGAAGAUAAGCCGGAAGCCUCUGGCUGCUAAAAACAAAUGAGGAAGCCAACUGAUGUUCAUCUUGCUGUAGAUCUCUUCUUGCAUGUGCCUCUGAUCUAUAUUUAUUACCUCAACUAUGCUAAUAUGUUAUGUCAGGAACAAUAUAUGAUCUUUUGUGCUUAAGGUAGUUUUUAAUAGUUUAAUAUUCUGAGGUGAUUAUAUGUAUACCACAUAGCUUUAACAUUCUUUUCAUAAUUGCUGUAAAACUUUUGUCACCAGUGGGAAACACUGGAAAAUUAUGCCCUAUUCAUAAAUGUUUCAUAGAAUAAGAUAUUUAUGCUGAGAAAUGCAAAUGUUUGCAUUUGCUGUCACAUGUACUUUCAAAACUGUUCUUUUGCCCACAUAGUAUCUUAAUUUUUACUGCUAUGAUUUUUAAAUAAAAUCUAUAUUUAUAUGUA